CGGCUCCUCCUUCACCCUUUUCCUUUCUUCCCCACUUCCUCACAGGCAGUGGCGGCGGCAACGGUGGGGGAAAGCGGAUUCCUCCCCAUUCCACACCAAGGGGAGCUCCGGGUUGAGACUUGCCGCCCUAAGGACUCUCCCAAGUCCCGCCCGCUCCGUGAGGACUUCCAUCUCUUGGGCGAACCUUGUCAAGCAAGCUGGGAUCUAUGAGUGGAAAGGUGACCAAACCCAAAGAGGAGAAAGAUGCUUCUAAGGUUCUGGAUGACGCCCCCCCUGGCACACAGGAAUACAUUAUGUUACGGCAAGAUUCCAUCCAAUCUGCGGAAUUAAAGAAAAAAGAGUCCCCCUUUCGUGCUAAGUGUCACGAAAUCUUCUGCUGCCCGCUGAAGCAAGUACACCACAAAGAAAACACAGAGCCCGAAGAGCCUCAACUUAAGGGUAUAGUUACCAAACUGUACAGCCGACAGGGCUUCCACUUGCAGCUGCAGGCAGAUGGAACCAUCGAUGGCACAAAAGAUGAGGAGAGCACUUACACUCUGUUUAAUCUCAUCCCUGUGGGACUUCGAGUGGUGGCUAUUCAAGGAGUUCAAACCAAGCUGUAUUUAGCAAUGAACAGCGAGGGAUACCUGUACACCUCGGAACAUUUCACACUUGAGUGCAAAUUCAAAGAAUCCGUGUUUGAAAAUUAUUAUGUGACAUAUUCAUCGAUGAUAUACCGUCAACAGCAGUCAGGCCGAGGGUGGUAUCUGGGUCUGAACAAAGAAGGAGAGAUCAUGAAAGGAAACCAUGUGAAGAAGAACAAGCCUGCGGCCCACUUUCUGCCCAAACCAAUGAAAGUGGCCAUGUACAAGGAGCCGUCGCUGCACGAUCUCACGGAGUUCUCCCGAUCUGGAAGCGGGACCCCAACCAAGAGCAGAAGCGUCUCCGGAGUGCUGAACGGAGGCAAAUCCAUGAGCCACAAUGAAUCGACGUAGCCAGUGGGGGCAAAACACAAGGGCUCUGUAACAGAACCUUACUCCAGGUGCUGUUGAAUUCUUCUAGCAGUCCUUCACCCAAAAGUUCAAAUUUGUCAGUGACGUUUACCAAAUAAAUGGGCAAAGUUCACUAUUCUCUCUGCCAUUAAACUUUAUCAUCCAUACUAAAGCCCCAUCAUUUAGACUGAGCUUGUGCAAAAGAAUUCUAAGCAUUAUCAUGAACUAAAUCUGGGAGGACUGUCCCAUUUUCUCAUGAUCUGACUUUAACUUUGGGGAUGACGAACCACAAUCAUUUCGCAGCACUCAUGCUGAUAAAAAUUUGCCCUCCAAAUAAGAAAGUGUAAAAGGCCACAAUUGCUCUUCAAAAAUAAAACAUAACAAAACAAAA